GAGCUCUAGUCAAGUUUAGCUUCAUGAUCGUGACGUUGUGAAGAAUGCCAACUCAUGUGCCCUGAGGUGUUCUUGCAUUGCGAUCAACACCUUUCUCAAUUACUGAAACAGCAAUUGAUCAGCGGAAAGCGCAUUACCCCUGCACAGCAGGCUGCGGGUGCAAAAUGGUAGGCAGUUCGGCACCGCGACCCGUCGUACUGGUGACCGGAGCCAACGCAGGUGUCGGGUUCGGCAUUUGUCAACGGCUUCUGGUGCAAUGGAGUAACCCAAUCCCUUCUGAUACCCUCGGCAAGACUCCUAGCCUGGCAGAGUCGGGCGCUGAGCCUACGCCUACCCCGUUUACAGCCCCCAAUGGUAUCGUCCUUCUCCUGGGCUGCCGGAACGCCAUCAAGGCUCACAAAGCGAAGCAGGAGUUACAGAAUGUGAUCGAUCACCUCGCCAUGCUUCCGGAUUAUGAACCGACGCCGUUAAAGAUUCCUUCGCACUGGCUCGAGCCGGUAGAUUUGGACAUAGUUUCCUCGAUCGAUGACAGCAUCGACAAUGCAACCUUGCAGAGUGCGGCAGCCGCCAGCCUGCGACGCAGGCGGCAAAGGAGUGCGCAAGUCAUGGCUGCGGAAAACGGUAAGAAUACAGACGAAGAUGUCGAUGAUCUCUCCUCCAAGCUCCUGCUCGCCGGUGAUGCAGACGCAAAGGCGCGGGGACGAUAUCGUCGGCGUUUCUGUGCGAGGACAGUGAUCGAAAUCGUAUCACUAGACCUGGGAAGCAUGGCCAGUGUGCUCAAGUGCGCGCAGCUCAUUCAGGAACGACAUGGGUACAUCACGCAUGCAAUCCUCAAUGCAGGGCUGGCCGCUUGGGAAGGUCUAGACUGGUUCAAGUUGGCGUGGAUGAUCUCGACGGGUUUCCGCCGCGCUGUGACCUGGCCUAAGUUCAAGUUGCAGCGCGCAGGUGAUAUUGGCACAGAUGGGUAUGGCUGGGUAUGGCAGUGCAACGUGGCAGCGCACUACGUCCUCGUACGUUUGCUCUUGCCCGCCUUUAGGGCUUCACCCUUCAUGGAGCCGUCACGCAUCAUCUGGACCGGCAGCAUCGAAUCGUACGAAAGCUUUUAUCAUCCGGAAGACUAUCAAUGCCUCGACAAGGUCAAGUCAGCGGCCACAUAUGAGGCCACCAAGUUUCAAUGCGAGAUUACUGCCCUUGGUCUCGAUGAGAAGCUCAAGUCUGAGCGGAUCCGGACUGUCCCGGGCACGCCAUCGACUGAGCAACCACAGGCAUCGCACUCGUCUUUGCGGCACGAUCAUGAGCCACGGUCGUACUGCUCUCACCCAGGUGUCGUCGCGACCAAUAUGUUCGAGGCUUACCUUGGGACCUUGCUCAACUGGGGUUAUGCGCUGGCGCUCUACAUAGCCCGCUGGCUUUUCUCGCCCCACCACGUUGUGACGGUCUACAAGGCGGGCAUCGCAGCCAGCUUCCUGUCCCUCACGCCGUCCAGCGAGCUCGAUACCACCAUUCGCUACUCGUCGCAAUGCAACUUUUGGGGGCAAGAGUAUGUGGGCAAGGAUCGCGUCGACGGUUGGGAACCAGAUACGGCAGACACACAAGCCGGCAAGACCCUCCAUUCCAGGUGCCGGCAGACAGUUGACCCAGAUGCUGGUGCCGUGCAGACGGAGGCGAGGGGCAUGAGUUGCGAGAGCCGACAUGCUGGAGAACACACGAUGGAGCUGGCGCGCGACUUGAUCGACAAGCUCGAACAUGUAGCUGGCGAAGUGUGGAAGAAAGCUGGCGUGGGCAAGCUGCCGCCGUUUGCAGACAUGGGCGAAGGGGACACUGGCUUGCUCGCACCAUUGGGCGCGCAUGAGCUGCGACCCGUUUCUGACAAGAGGGACAACAGCGAUGAGUGGGAGAAUGUGGACAGAUAAAGGAUCAUGCGCGUUUGUAGCUGUUCUGCAAUAAAGAAGUGCUCUGGUUCCACG